UUUUUUUCCUGCAAAGUGGAAAAGUUAGAUUCUUUAAUUCCUCCUUUUACAGCCUUUCAUCUAUUUUGCAUUUUCUCAUUGCAUCAAAAACUCCAUUUUUGAAGUUCCAAUACAGUAGAAAUAUCAAAUCAGGGUAACAAAAGAAAGGAAGCAAAAACAUGGAAAUCUUGAUCAAGAAAGUUCAUCUUUUAGUCUUUUUCCUUUCUUUAAACUUUUACAUGUCUCAAGAAGCACAAGCAGCAAAAAACUACUGUGGUAAUAUAAGAAUUGAAGAGCCAUUUGUUUCUCAAAACUCAACAAAUUCAUCUUUCUUGAAAAACAUGGUCUUUUGUAGAUCAGAGAUUUUAUACUAUAGAACUUCUGUUGGUCUUUUCCAAGUUUCAUCAAUUGAUUACAAAAAUAAAGUACUUACUGUUUCUCAUAGUUCUUGUUCUACUUCAUCUCAUUAUGUAUCUGCUAAAGAUUUAUCUUUUGGAUUUCCUCCUCCACCUAAGCCUAACUCAUUACUCUUAUUCAACUGCUUAAAUCCUAAGGGAAAUACAUCAAUUUUUCGAAAUUGUCCUUACUUGAAAAAUGAGAAAGGAAUUUCUUUGAAGUUGUGUAAAGAAGGUCUAAAACAAGGGUCUUUUUCUUGUUUGAUGGUUGAUGAUGUUCAAGAUUUGGGAAAUGAGUUUCAUCCUAAGGAUUUGAACUGUUCACAUUAUAGAAGAGUUUAUAAAAGCAAUUCUCAAGAUGGGAAUAGUGAGAAACUUGAGUUAGGGACAAGGAUAUCUUGGGAUAUUGAACAUGUACCAAAUCCUUGUGAUGAGUGUAGAAAACCUUAUGGUAAUUGUGGAGUUGGAUUGAGAUGCCUUUGCUAUGUAACUCAAUGUAAGGUAGAGGUUUCUGCUGGUCUAAUUCCAAAACCUAGUGGUAUUGUGCUCUUCUCUUUGCUUUGCUUAAUUGUUGUGAUGGAUCUUCUUGAAGGGGUUUGAAUAUAAUUAAGCUCUUCCAUUUUAUGGAAAAAAACAAGAUGUAUUUAUUUUACUUUCAUUUUCAAAGAAUGAGAAUUUGUAUUGAAGAAUAUCUUUGGGGAUGUAUAUUGUACUAUAUGAUAUGAUGUUAUCAUCUUGUACUAAAAAGUGUGAAAGGGAGCGUUACGUAACUGGUAAAGUUGUUGUUACGUGAUCAGGAGGUCACGGGUUUGAGCCGUGGAAACAACCUCUUACAGAAAUGCAGGAUACUAUUGCGUACAAUAAACCCUUAUAAUAGUGUGGCUCUUUUUCGAUCCCGCGCAUAACGGGAGCUUAGUGCACUGGGCUAACCUUGUACUAAAAAGUGUGACGAAGAUUUGCUGGAUACUACUUUAUCAAUAUAUAUAUAUAUGUCUACUGAAAUUACUA